AUGCUGUCUAAUGGCGUUCCGAUAGGGAGCUGCGUAACACUUGGAGCCGUCAUCUGCACGCUUGUCAUUAUUAACGCAAUCGUCCAACAGAUCGACGACAUGAGAGACGAGAUCGUUUCAGGAGUGCAGGAGAUGAAGACCGUAUCCGACGACGCAUGGACCCGUCUUGUCGUUCUGAAUGGCAAGUACCGCAGUGCAGAUGCUCUAGAAUCAUUCACGUCCAUCCUUUCCCGUCACAAAAGAUCCCAUGAGGCCUUUUGCAACUGCGGAGUAGACUCUCAAGGUUGUCCUCCCGGACCACAAGGCCCACCAGGAUUACCUGGAAGACGUGGAGAGCAAGGUAGCCCAGGUGAGCCUGGACGUCCAGGAGCUAGUGGAAUAUCCCUUGUCGUGACGCAUGAUAUUCCUGGAGGAUGUCUUCAGUGUCCACCUGGAGCGCCUGGCCCGGAUGGACCAGUUGGGCCUGAGGGUGAGCCUGGCUAUCCUGGAGCUCCCGGACAAGUAGGAGUAGCCGGUGAGGAUGGCACACCCGGUGAAACGGGACCACCUGGAGAACCUGGUAAUCCAGGACAUCCUGGACUAGAAGGAAAUGCCGGACAACCUGGUCACGAUGGACUAAUUGGAGCUCCAGGCCCAGAAGGAGCACAAGGAGCUCCUGGAUGGCCCGGGCCACCAGGAGAACCAGGCAAAAAUGGAGACCCAGGUGAAGAUGGAGCUCAAGGACCACCUGGACCUCCGGGUCCACCCGGAUUUCCUGGUAAAAAUGCAGAUGAUGGCACUCCAGGAGCCCCAGGUAGAGAUGGUCUCGUUGGAGAGGACGCAAAUUAUUGCCCGUGUCCUGCUCGUAAUGAAAAGAAAUCUUAA